UGUUCCAGCAAACACUUGUUCAGCCGCAUGGUUACAUUUAACUGAAUUUAGUAAUUUUUUACAAGCAGUCAACUCUUAAUUUUCAGUCUACUUUACAAAUUUGAUUUCUGUUUCAUUCAAGCCUACGGUAUUCUUUUUUUAAAAAAUAUAACUUAAAGGGCCCCUUGGAUGGUAUUGAAAUGUGUUCUGUUUUAUAUCUAUAUGGUAUUUGAAUUAUACCUGACCAUUUUUUUCCGAAGUUUUCCGACGUUUUACCUGCGUACGUGAUAUAUGAAAACUGUAUAUACCACACCUUUACGGAAAGUCCCGAGCGAAUUUCCGGAAAAGACCGACCUUGGUUUUCCGGGUGUGACGUCACACGCAGUACAGCUGAUAUAUUUUCAACAUGGCCGCUACUAGUGAAAGUGAAACAGAAUUCUCUGAAAACGAACUUUAUUGUUCUUCACACUCAGUGACAGAUGUUUCGGAGAGCGAUAGUGAGAAUGGUGAUCUUGAGGCUCUUCCUUACCAGUUUGAGCCAGUGAUACCACACAGAAGGGGAGAGCAAAGGCAAAAUGAACCGCACGAUCCAGAACCCGGCGACGAACGACUGUUGAACACGAACUGGUGUUCGUGCAAUCAUUGCAGAAGAAUGCCAACAGUAAUGGAGUGUAGGUGUUGCCAGGAGAUUGAAACAAUUACCAGGAAGAUUGACGACUUCAAUUUGGAAAAGGAGUCAGAUGUGGGCUGUAUUACUGAGCAUCCUGGUUUCAGGCCUGUUUGUCUGGACGAGUUUGUUUUGGAGACAGCGUACUAUCAAUACAGACAGCAGUAUGGUGAACCAGAUGCUAGAAGUAUCAAUGAGAGGAAUAGGUAUGUUGCAUACAGGCAGCUGGCAAGGUGGUGCUGGGGAUUCCUAGGCAAGGAAGUAAGAGUUGUUUUGCCAUCAUGUGCAGUAAAUGUUAUCAGAGACACUUACCCAUCUGAUGUGUACAAGGGAUUUUUGGAGGCGUAAUUGGUAGUUUUCGUGAAGGACUUUAAUUGUAUAAAUCGCUUUAGUUAUCAUAAUGUUUAAAAUGUACAUAUUAUAUAUAGAUACCAGCAUUUCAUUAGCUAGUUUUUCAAUUUUAAUAAAUUAUAAAAGCUUGUAUUUCUUGUGUAUUUCAUUUUUAGUGAGAAAUUUAGGUUUCAAUAAAUUUAUGCACCAUGCAGUUACUCACAUCUUAUUCUCAUUAGUACCUUUUUCAAAUGAAAAAUGUUCUUCUUGAUGAUACAGACGAAGAAUCUCUGUUACAAAUUAUCACAAGUCGGUGUGUCUCAACUUGUUUUAACCUUAUGCUUGAAAUAGUUUAUCAACCCUUAUCCUGCUAAAUUUCUGUAAUGAACUUGUCCAUUUACAAGUUAGAUAUUACCAUUUACAGUCAAGCAGGGUAUUUACAAUAAAUAAUGCCUGAAUAGCGAAUGUUGCAGAUCAUGAUCAGACUGCACGGAUGUGAUCUAUAGUGCAUUUUAUUUGACCUAGUGGGACGGGGUUUGGCAAAGGUACACUACAUAAUUGUGCAUGGUAUGUAGUACAUGUAACCAAAGCCGUGUUGAAUUUUUAUCGUUGGUUAUCGAAGAUUACGGAAUUAACCAAUUCUAUUGCUCUUUGCUAAUUACAAUUAUUUGCAUAAGUUAUUAAAGACCUGCUCCAGUCCUCCCUUUUAACCUUAAAAUGUAUAUGAAAAAGCAUGAAAAUCUCGACUAUGAACAGUGACGACUGUCAAAAUAGUUUAUUUUUUAUAUAAAAUUCUAUAUAAAAUACCUGUGGUUUUGCGUGCUAAAGUGUGGCGCAUGGCUGUUAACUGUUGCCUAUUGUAACCUUAG